AUGGAGCUGCUAAAGCUGAAUCGGAGCGCGCAGGGGUCCGGAACCGGGCCGGGGGCUUCCCUGUGCCGCCCGGGGGGGGCCCUCCUCAACAGCAGCGGUGCGGGCAACCUCAGCUGCGAGCCCCCUCGCAUCCGCGGAGCCGGGACACGAGAAUUGGAGCUGGCCAUUAGGGUCACCCUUUAUGCAGUGAUCUUUCUGAUGAGUGUUGGAGGAAAUGUGCUCAUCAUCGUGGUCUUGGGACUGAGCCGCCGCCUGAGGACUGUCACCAACGCCUUCCUGCUCUCACUGGCAGUCAGCGACCUCCUGCUGGCUGUGGCUUGCAUGCCCUUCACCCUCCUGCCCAAUCUCAUGGGCACGUUCAUCUUUGGCACAGUCGUCUGUAAGGCGGUUUCCUACCUCAUGGGGGUGUCUGUGAGUGUGUCCACACUGAGCCUCGUGGCCAUCGCCCUGGAGCGAUACAGUGCCAUCUGUCGACCACUGCAGGCACGCGUGUGGCAGACGCGUUCCCACGCAGCUCGUGUGAUUAUAGCCACAUGGAUGCUCUCUGGACUGCUCAUGGUGCCCUACCCAGUGUACACCGUGGUGCAGCCAGCAGGAGCGUCCCGUGUGCUGCAGUGCGUGCAUCGCUGGCCCAAUGCACGUGUCCGCCAAACCUGGUCGGUACUGCUGCUCCUGCUUCUGUUCUUCGUCCCGGGUGUGGUUAUGGCUGUGGCCUACGGACUCAUCUCCCGUGAGCUCUACUUAGGGCUUCGCUUUGAUGAAGACAGUGACAACGAGAGCCAGAGCCGAGUCCGAAGCCAAGAAGGGCUGCGGAAUGGGGCGGGACCAGGUCCCGCCCACCCGACUGGGCGUUGCCGGUUGGGGAAUGGGCUGGCUGGCGAGGACGGUGACGGCUGCUACGUGCAGCUUCCGCGCUCCCGGCAGACCCUGGAGCUGUCCGCGCUGACCGCGCCCACUCCUGGGCCAGGAUAUGGCCCCCGGCCCUACCAGGCCAAGCUGUUGGCUAAGAAGCGCGUGGUGCGGAUGUUGCUGGUGAUUGUUGUGCUUUUUUUCCUGUGUUGGUUGCCACUGUACAGCGCCAACACGUGGCGUGCCUUCGACAGCUCUGGCGCACACCGCGCACUUUCAGGGGCGCCGAUCUCUUUCAUCCACUUGCUCAGCUACGCCUCAGCCUGUGUCAACCCCCUGGUCUACUGCUUCAUGCACCGUCGCUUUCGCCAGGCCUGCCUUGAGACGUGUGCCCGCUGCUGCCCCAGGCCUCCACGCGCUCGCCCCAGGCCUCUUCCCGAUGAGGACCCUCCCACCCCUUCCAUUGCUUCACUGUCCAGACUGAGCUACACCACCAUCAGCACACUAGGGCCUGGCUGAGGCGCAGAGGAGGAGCGGAGGCUGAGGCGGGACACCCCCAUUCCUACAAGCAGGGACCCAUCCAGACACACAAGAGACACACACCCACUGACACAAGAGACACACACCCACUGACACCCAAAAGCAUGGACUAAUCCCAGUGCGUGUGCACAUGCACACACAAGCACAGUUAGCUUACCUGACACAAACUAAACUCCCACACAGGAAAUUAGGCACACUCUUGAUAUGGGACUGAGCCUGGCGCACACAAACAUGGCACUGACCUUAGACAUACACACACACAGCAUCCCUAGCAAUGGACUAUCCGUACUUAGCGGAAACGCAGGGAGGCUGGCCUGCCUCUCGUAUACACACAGUAAUGGCACUGAUUCUUUAAGGCUCCGGAUCCGGGCACAGUACCAAGUCCUGAGAUGCUCCAGGCCACCCCCAGUUUGACCUCACAGUGCCCUUCCCCAUUUCAGCACUGAAAAUACCACCCAGCCUAAUCUCACACCUCCCUGACCCAACAGAUUGUUCUGCACUGAAAAGUCCCUUCAUUCCUUUCCAGUUCCAUACUAUGGCCGUGCCCCUCUUCCCUCACCCAAACUCUUUGAGAAAUAAAAAUGACUUG